UCCGCCGGGGUGUGUUGGUGUUUGAGGAACUCAAGAUGGGGACGAUUCAGAAACGGGAAGAUAUCCCACCGUGGGUGAAACCUCCCGGAGAUUUGAAGGAUCCCGAGGUGUUCCAGGUCCCCACGCAGUUGCUGGCAGCUAUAUUUGGCCCAAAUGGAUCUCGAAUCCCGUACCUUGAGCAAGUGAGCAAGACUAUGCUGGAGCUGAAGGUUCUGGAAUCCUCGAACUUCACUGAGGUUGUGGUUUACGGCUCCUACGUGUACAAGUUACGGGCCAAGUGGAUGUUGCAGUCUUUGGCCGAGUGGCACCGCCAGCGACAAGAGCGAGGGAUGCAGAGACUUGAGGAAGCCAUGAAUGCCUUGGGACUAGAUCUUGGAUUCAGUGAAGCCAGUUCCUAGCCAGUGUGACCACGACAAGGAUGUAUUUUGUGGCCGGAGCUGUAGUGGGCCUGACUUGGUUUAAACUCCGCUGCAGCCUGACAAGCUGGAGGAAAACAAUGUUUUUUCGGCCUCUGUUUUUGCCUCUGAAUCCUGAGGUGAAUACUUGUUUCUCAAGGUUGCUAAUUAAAGACCUAAAUAAAUAAUUUCUUGACAUUGUGAUUGAUGGAUCGGAGGUAAUACCUUAGGUAACACUGAAGGCAGAGCCAAGGUGGCAGUGGCCCUUGAGUAGGACCCUGUAACCCUGUAACCGAAACUUUCAGAGCUGGAAAGAGGGCCAAGGGUACAGUUGGUCAAGUUCAAAAAGGGACUUAAAGGGGAUGGAUCCCUGAGAUGCAGCUCUGAACCAAAGAGCAGCCAACCUAGGGGAACUGUCAUUGUCUGGAACUCAUCUGGGGUGAGUUAAAAAAUAUAAGCCUAUUUCAGGUUAAUAUAAGAUGGAAAACAAAUUUCUCUAAAACAAGACUAAAACAAAAACGCAGUCCCGUCUACUUACCACUAAAUGUAGCAUUGCUUAUAUUGUUGUAAAUCUCUUAACAGAAGGCAGCUGGAUUCUCAGUGUCUGAAUUUUUAAUCUGUUGUGGAAUGUUGCUUUGGGGUUGGAGUAUAUGAAGAAAAUUAAGCUUUGCGCAGAUAAGUAGAUGAAAACGGGAGACCCUCACAGACCCAUUGGAACGAUCCCUGGGAUCCUCAGCCAAUCCUAUGGAAUUGUUGCUUUUGGUCCCCAAAGGAAACUGAGCUGCGGGUAGGUGAAGGCAUUGCCAUAGGCUGGCCUCACUUGAGAUGACUGAGGAGCCACCAGAAGGGAACUAUGGCUAUUUUCCCCAAUAGAUACUUGGCAGCGGUGGAUUAACCAGGAAGCAAAGUGUACCCACAGGCUUGUGUUUACUUACUAAUCUGUAAUGCACAAUUUCACAUGGGUUUAAUGGUGAAAAACAGGUGAAAUUGUGCACUACAGAUUAGUAAGCACAAGUAAGGCCAUGCAUACCUUGCUUAUUGGGUAAUCGGUCCCUGCUUGAUAGAGUUCGGUAGUUUACAACUCAGAAUGAAUCCAAUUUAGGCAGCUUUCUGGCUCUGUGACCUUAGGCAAAUUAUUUAACUCCUCAGUUUUACCAGUUUCUAAGGAAGCUACAGCAUCUGACCCAUAGGGAGGCUGAGGUUAGCUGUUAAUAUAUGUAAGGCAUUUAGA